AUUUGUGUUAAUGGUCAUUUGCUAACGGAGCGGACGCUGUUGCGUAACGGCUAUCGGCUGUUAAUCGGCAAUAAUCACUUUUUCCGGGUAAAUUGCCCAAAAGAAACAGUUGAUAUGAGUGCUUCAAUCAUGGAGGAAUCGAAUGCUAUACUUUUCGACUAUUAUGAUGCAUGGCAAGAGGUUAAUUCGGGGAUGAAUGCAAAUCCCAUAACAACGGCAGUUGACCAAUACAUGGAACAAAUCACGAAAAAACAUGAGGAAGCAAAGCAGGCGGCAUUGGAACAGCAAUAUGAGGCGUUUGAACGUUAUAUUCAGGGACUUACUCAGAGCUUCACCCCAUCAACACCAAUGACACCAAACUUCGGAUAUCUGACACCUCUUGGCACACCCGGAAGCCAGUUUCCACCUAUCGGUUUUCCAGCUAACCCGAGAGCUAGCGUACGAUCUAAAUUUUUCAAUUGGGCUCAGAAACGGGAAGAAAUGUUCAAGGAGAAUUUGGCUCGCCUGAAAAGCGACAUCGUUCGAGCAAAUGCACUGGCUCGUGAGGCGAAUAUGAUUGCCAGUGAGCUCUCCCUCUGUCGACGGCCCAUCACCUACGACGUCACGUUGCAGAUUCCGGCAGCGAAUUUGCGACCUUCCAAAAUUAAGGAAGGUGCCUUUGUGUGCGAGCCAUUUAUCGUCGUGAAACGAGCUGGCAUUGAUGGUUAUCAGUUGUGGUCCACUGCCCAGCUGGAGAACAAACUGAUUGACAUGCGGGAGAUGUACAAUGAAAAAAUUACUGGAGUCGAAAGGGGCGAUGCCUGUACGUCAGAUCAGACCGUGGAACAAGAUGAUUUUGCAUUUCAAAAUGAUUCCGAUAUUGACAUAAGCUGCAGUUCUUUCGGAGAAAAUGUCUUCGAGAGUCAGGUUGACGUUAACUGCUAUCAGUAA